AUGGGCAGCUUCAUUUUCAGAUGGCCGCACAAGGCAGGCGAAGUCUUCGUGACUGGCACCUUCGACGACUGGGGAAAGACGGUCAAAUUGGACAAGAACGGGGACGUCUUUGAGAAAGAAGUCUACUUCGCAGAUACCAAGGAAAAGGUGCAAUACAAGUUCGUCGUUGACACCGAGUGGGUCACUGAUAGCAACGCUCGCCAAGAGAGUGACGGUCAUAAUAAUAUAAACAACGUGCUGUUGCCUGAAGACUUCAAACCGGAUACCACCUUCCAAUCAAUAACAGGAGGAAACACUGCUGCUGCAUUCAUGGCUGGCGUUACUCCUCAAUCUACCACCGCCAAUCUGGCCGCCGCCGUUCCCAAAGAGAAGGACUCUUCAGUUCCCGGGGGCUUUCCAGAGACACCUGCAACUGAGGUCAAUGAAUUGUCUGUCAACCCGAUUCCCGCCUCUGCGGGCAUCGGCAAUCCGAUCAAGUUGAACCCCGGCGACCCUGUUCCUGACCCCAGUACUCUUCAUAACAACACCGUCGGGUCUACGGUUAGGACAGACAAGGCAGGUUAUGAAGCAGACGCUAGUGCUUCGGCGGUGCCUGGUGGUCAAUCAGCCAACAAGGAUACUGCCUUGGAAGUUCCUUCUGUCCCCGCAGGCGGCCUGAUUCCAGAGUCCAGCCUGCCUCUGAACCCCCCGGCGACAAGCGAACCCGGAGUGACGAUUCAAUCAGCGCAUCCAACCUCAACCACCGCCGCUCUUGCCGGCCAAGUCCCACUAGAGCCUAAAAGGAACGGCGUCCCGGCAAGCGAUGUUCCUGACGUCGUGAAGCAAUCUAUUUCUCAGGCUCACGACUCGCCCGAGGCAGCUGCUAACGCCGAAGCCGUCGAGGAGAAAGCAGCCGUUGAAAAGGAACUCCAGGACAAGGUUGAGAUAACUGAUGGACCAGCUACAGCUCCUUCCUCCCAGGUUCCGGGUGUCGUCAAGGACUCGCUAGAGGAAGCUCACAAGGACCCCGAGGCUGCUGCCAACGACGCCGCAGUUGAAGAGAAGAAGGAGGUUGAACAGGAAUUGCAGCAAAAGGUCGCAACUACAAACGAAUCUGGAGAACCCGCUCCCACGGCUACUGCUGCAACUACCACAGCUGCUCCGGCUGCUGCGCUUACCAAACCUGUCGACUCGACGAGUGUUUCGCCGCGCACAACCACUCCAGUAGCGGGAGCCCAGUCGCAAACUCAACCCACAGUCACUACCGGCGUCUCUAGUGGUCCGACUGCCAAUUCCUCAGAACCUGUCGGCAGCACGGCUCAGGACAACUCGAAGGAGAAGAAGAAGAAACACCGGGCAAGCGGCUUCUUCCAAAGGCUGAAGGAAAAGCUCAAGUGA